UUGGGAUUCUUCUGGCAUCGUCUAGACUCCCCAGAACAAGAAAAUGGUGGCGAAGUUAGUUCAUGCAGAGAUGGAAAUGGCAACGGGUGAGAAGAUUAUGGGAUGGGAAGUGAAGAAGAGGAUGAACAGAAUAGGUGAGAAGAUGAAGAGGAUGCCGAGAAUGGCAUGGAAAUCAACGUGGAAGGUGAGACGUGAAGAUCCCAGAAGAGUGAUUCAUGCAAUCAAAGUGGGUUUGGCUCUCACGGUCGUCUCUUUGCUCUAUCUCUUGGAACCACUCUUCAAAGGGAUUGGCGAGAAUGCCAUCUGGGCCGUCAUGACCGUCGUUGUUGUCCUUGAAUUCACUGCAGGGGCAACGUUAUACAAGGGGCUCAACAGAGGAUUGGGGACACUAUUGGCUGGAUUAUUAGCACUUCUUAUAGAGUAUAUUGCAGAAGCGUCUGGUCGGGUCUUUCAAGCUCUUUCCAUUGGAGCUUCAGUUUUUAUUAUAGGAGCUGCAGCUACAUACAUGAGAUUCAUUCCCUACAUAAAGAAGAACUAUGAUUAUGGUGUGGUCAUAUUCCUCUUGACCUUCAAUUUGAUCAGUGUGACAAGCUAUCGUGUCGACAACGUCAGGAAGAUUGCUCAUGAGCGUUUCUACACCAUCGCCAUAGGUUGUGCCAUCUCUCUUUUCAUGAGCCUUCUCGUUUUCCCUAACUGGUCUGGCCAAGACCUUCAUGAGUCCACCAUCUUCAAGCUCCAAGGCCUCGCUGAUUCCAUCCAAGCUUGUGUUAAUGAGUACUUCAAAAACGGUGUCAUUCAAGAAAAUGAGGACGUUAAAUCUUCAUCCGAGGAUACUAUAUACAAGGGUUAUAAGGCUGUUUUAGACUCCAAAUCCACCGAUGAAACACUGGCAUUGCAUGCGAGUUGGGAGCCAAGGCGUUCGAGGUAUUGUCACAGAUUUCCAUGGCAGCAGUAUGUAAAAGUUGGAGCUGUUCUUCGCCAGUUUGGGUACACCGUCGUAGCCCUCCAUGGUUGUCUGAGAACAGAAAUUCAGACUCCGCCAUCGGUUCGAGCCAUGUUCAAGGACCCCUGCAUAAGGCUGGCGACAGAGGUAUCAAAAGUACUGAUAGAACUUGCCAACAGCAUAAGGAACCGCCGGCACUGCUCGCCGGAGAUACUCUCCGAUCAUCUUCAUGAAGCCUUACAAGACCUCAACACUGCCAUCAAGUCUCAGCCUCGGCUCUUCCUUGGCUCUGACGACAGCAAGACCACCAACAUGCUUGCCGCAGCAGCAGCAUCGCAAGUAGGACAGAAAAAGCCAAGGAAGAAUAACUCAUCAGGAGUGACAUUAUCAAGUGUUAAAACUGAUUCUUCUGCCUCGCUCGAAUGGAAGAACAAAAGGCCCAGUGCUGAGCAAUCCAAGGAAGCAUCAGAGCGAAAGGUUUUGAGACCCCAGUUGAGUAGUAAAAUCGCCAUUACUAGCCUUGAGUUCUCUGAGGCUCUUCCUUUUGCUGCUUUCGCUUCGUUGCUUGUGGAGACCAUAGCAAAAUUGGACCAUGUAAUCGAGGAAGUUGAAGAACUGGGGAGAUUAGCGUGCUUCAAAGAGUACAGACCCGGUGAUGAGAUUGUCGUCACCUGUGAGAAACCCCGGGUUGAUGUAACUCAGAGCCAUUUACCAUCUCACGGAGUAGACUAAUUUAGAGAGACGUUAAGAGGUGUAUUCUUUCAUGGACAUGAACAACGAUGAUGAUGACGAGUUUCAGAUAUAUAGAUAAAUCACUGAACUGUCUGAAUAUCUUUAAAUUGCAAGAUUAUGUAGCCAGAUUUAGUUAAUCUGUUAGUUGUAGGAAACUGCAUUUGCAUACCACUGUUUCCAUCAAAAGCCAGCUCAAUAAAUUCCUUUCAGAGAUGC